CGGCGUCGCGGGUGCGGCUGCUGGUGCGGGGCAGCGGGCGGGUCGGCGGGCUGCCGGCUUCCCCCUGCCGGCCCAGGAGCCUCUCGGUCAUGUCUGCAGAGGCCCAUUGGUUAACACCAGAGGAAAGGAAUCAAGUUUUACUCGAUCUCAAAGCUUCGGGAUGGAAUGAAUUAAGCGAGAGAGAUGCCAUAUACAAAGAGUUCUGUUUCAAAAAUUUUAAUCAGGCUUUUGGAUUUAUGUCGCGUGUUGCCCUACAAGCAGAAAAGAUGAAUCACCACCCCGAAUGGUUCAAUGUGUACAAUAAGGUCCAGAUAACUCUCACUUCACAUGACUGUGGAGGACUGACCAAAAGAGACAUAAAGCUGGCUCAGUUUAUCGAGAAAGCUGCUGGUUCUGUGUAACGGAAUAGAACUGCAUAGGAGCUCAGAAUUGUGUUCAUGUCGCAGUAUUUUUAAGGCAACUUGGAUGGAUAAAUUCUACUUUUUUUCUCUCCUUAUCUGAAAAUAAAUCUGGGUCUUAAUAGGUUCCAAGCUUAAA